UAAGCACAAGCAGCUCUUUAUGCACAGACACGGACUUAACCAAAGCCAAAAUGGGAGAUACACUCUUGUUCCCGAACGAUAACCAGCGCCGGAUCGAAGCGGUGCAGAAGUCUUUUGGACCGACAGGGGCGCGUCUCGUGGACCCCAAGAGAGUCCUGAUCGGGGAGGGCCGCCUGAUGAAGCAGAGCCGGCGCGGACCCCAACCCAAAGCCUUUUUUCUGUUCAACGACGUGCUGGUUUACGGCAGCAUCGUCAUCAACGGACGCUGGUUUAAGAAGCAGAACAUCAUCCCUCUAGGCGACAUUCAGCUGGAGGACCUGGAGGACGGCUACAUGAGAAACCAGUGGCUCAUCAAAACCCCGGGGAAGUCCUUCUACGUCUCCGCCGCGUCCCAGGAGGAGAAGCAGGCGUGGAUCGAGCACAUCGAGGUGUGCAAGACCCGCCUGCCCAGCUCCGGACGACCCCUCGCCAUGACCUGGAUCCCGGACCACGCCUCCGCCAUCUGCAUGCGCUGCUCCAGGAAGUUCACCGCGACCCACCGCCGCCAUCACUGCAGGAAAUGCGGCUUCCUGGUGUGUGGACUGUGUUCCAGAAAGCGCGCCGUGAUCGGAAAUCUGCAUCCCACCAAGAGGCAGAGGGUGUGCAGGCUGUGCCAUAGCAGCCUGAGCGAGAAAGAGGGGGAGUGCAGGGAGCGUGGAAACAGCACUGGUGGACUCCUCUCUGAUGAAGACGAGCAGGCCAGCUUUGAAGAUCAUUUAUAUGAAGAUUACAUCGAAGAGGACUACGAUCCCGCGAGCUGGGCUGAAAUGGACUCUUUCGCUCCUUAUGUUUACCUCAAGCCCGAGCACGUCUGGCCUCGUCUGUGAAGCGAUGUUAAACUUUAAGGUCCUAUAUUACACAAAAUUGACUCUUGUGAGCUUUUAGUCAUGUUAUAAUGUUGUAACUUCACCAAAAACAGACCUGAAGUUGUGUUUUGUUUCAUUUACGCAUGUUAAAUCUACAUCUCCAAAGCUCAAAAUGCUCUGUUCCACCUUGUGCUGUAGUUUUCAAGUUUUGUACCUUUUUUUUUCAGCAGAGAUUGGCAGUUCCAGAGCCGAAAUUAUCCAAAUGAUUCUAGUGAAGGUAACUGUGAGAAGAACUGGCCAUGUUUUGAUGAGGAAACAGCAUUAUAACAGAUCAGAAAAUACAAUAAUAUGGGGCUUUAAACUAUUACCACAAGUGCCAUGGUACUGAAAGUUUGAUAUGCUGCAUCAAUCCAACUAUGAAAGUACGAAAAUGUGCACAUCUUUAAACAGUGUGUUGCCUACAAGUAUUUGAACAGAAGGAGAACGUGUCCUCUGAAUCUUACCUCUUGUAAACAUGUGACGCUGCUCUGACACAAACUACAUUACACUGUACCGCGUGUGUCACAGGAGCAGUGGAUUUAUGAAGGAUGAUAAGGACAUGUUCUCUUAUCUUAUAUUUACUAGUACUUUGAAGUGAAGCAGGAGUAAGCCCAGUUAGUAAUGGGAUUUGAGACUGCUGGGAAUACCACAGGGGGGCAGCAGUGGCUCUAAUGGAUGCUGCCGUUGUGUCCUUAUGCAAGACACUUCACCCACAUUGCCCAGUGUGAAUGUGGUGUGUGAGUGAGUGAAUGAUGGUGAUCAGAGGGGUCGAUGGAGCACAUUGUCAGACCACACCGCAGAGUGUGGAGUGAAUGAAUUGGCUGAUGCACUGAAAAGCGCUUUGGUGUCUCGAAACGCACCACAUGAAUCCAAUGUUUUUAUUACUGUGUAAGUCUAAUGUGAAUUUUUUUGUACUCUUUUAAACAGAGAUGAAGCUCUCUUGUACAUAAUACUAACAAAUGUUUGUAUGUGAA